UUGGGGUCCAUAUUAAAUCGUCGAACGCAUCAGAGCACUUGCUGUUCUUUUUUUUCUUGAUAUGUAGCUUAAAGGUUAGUCUAAUAUCAUACGAGUCUUGUCUACAUCAUUAGCCUUUUACCAGCAGUUUGCGGUCGUUUUAUUUGGUUUACAGACAGCUUGCUAAGUUGUCAGGUUUUCGGAAGAGAGCCGCUGAAAGAUUCAUAACAGGAGUGCUUUUUUAUUCGUGUAGCUAAAAUAUUUGAAGGUUGUGAACAUUGUUGCCACUGUUCUCAAUGACAUUUCGGCAGGAUUAUUAUUCCUCGCGCUAUUGCAUGUUAUAUUUAUGCACGUGCGCAGCUCUGUCACCUUUUCUGAGUGGGAGGCGGAAGGGAGCAACGUGUUAUCGCGGUCAUAUCAGGUACACAGAGACUAAACGAGGACACAUCAGCACUUGGGUCCAGAGAUGACGGGAGCACUCCAGGUUAUUCUCAUCCUGCGAUGUUUCUCCCCUCGACUGUCACUACUUACGGUUACACUCACCUCUCGGCGGGGGACCUGCUUCGGGCCGAGAGGACGCGAGAAGGCUCUGAGUUUGGGCAGCUCAUUGACCGCUACAUCAAGGACGGCAGAAUCGUUCCUGUGGAGAUCACCAUCAACCUGCUGAAAAAGGCAAUGGAGGAGACCAUACAGCUGGACCAGGAGAAGUUCCGUUUCCUCAUCGAUGGCUUUCCCCGUAACCAGGACAACCUGCAAGGGUGGAACUCGGUAAUGGAUGACAAGGUGGACGUGAAGUUCGUCCUGUUCUUCGACUGCAGUGACCAGGUGUGUAUCGACCGGUGUCUGGAGAGGGGAAAAAGCAGUGGCCGCACAGACGACAACAGGGAAAGUCUGGAGAAACGGAUCCAGACGUACCUGCAGUCCACCCGGCCAAUCAUAGAGCUGUACCAGCGGCAGGGGAAGGUGCGCACGGUGGACGCCUCCCGCGGCGUGGACGAGGUGUUUGCGGAUGUGAAGGCUCUCCUGACUAAGCAGGGGUAGAACGUUGCCCCUGGCAACCGGGCGCCGUCGCUGAUUGGAGCCGUCGAGCUCUCGCGCUCGGUGUACAUGUGUCUGUGCUCACGGCUCUAUUUUUGUAUGUGUUGAGAAUUGUUUUUUUUUUUUUUUUUGUCUCAGUUAGUUUCACGUGUAAAAGUUGCAUUUUCUGGUGAAAGGAGUGUGUGUGUGUGUGCGCCUGUGUACGUGUGCAUGUACAUACGUGUGUGUGUG